UUCAAAACCGCGUUGGGUGGAAGUUGUGUGACACACUGCCUUUACUUCAGAUCUCCAGAUGCCGCUUACACGCUCGCCAGAUCGGUCGCUGUAGCUGUGAAUAAACAUCCAGAGACGAUGUACAGGUUCAUUAAGAUGGCUGGUUCUGCAGCUCACACUUGUGGACUAUUCCUGGAUUACAGCAGAAAGACUUCUUUACUCCUCUGGGACUAGAAGCAGUGUUGUGGGGGACCGUGUUGUGUUAUGUUCAGCCUGCAGGUUUUAGUCCUUUAACACACUUUGCUGAGAUGAAUACGUUGUACAUCGUGAUUGAAGUAGCAAUUGCUGUUCUCUCCAUAUCCGGCAACGUACUGGUUUGCUGGGCUGUCGCGAUCAACACUACUUUGAAAAACGCCACCAACUAUUUUCUGGUGUCUCUGGCUGUGGCUGAUAUUCUGGUCGGUUGCCUUGCCAUCCCCUUUGCCAUAACCAUCAGCGUCGGCAUCCAUCUGGACUUCUAUGGAUGCCUCUUCCUGGCCUGUUUUGUCUUGGUACUGACACAAAGCUCCAUCUUCAGCCUUCUUGCCAUUGCAAUUGAUAGAUAUCUGGCCGUCAAAAUCCCUCUGAGGUACAAGGAGUUGAUGACAGGAAAGACCGCCAGAGAGAUAAUCGCUAUUUUAUGGAUCCUAUCCUUUGUCAUUGGCCUCAUCCCCUUCUUUGGCUGGAACUUGAAGUACUCAAGAUGCAGGCUCAACAGCAGCUCCGGGCCCGACAACACUACAAACGCUGGCGGAGACUUACUACAGAGCUGCCAUCUCACGUGUUUCUUUGAGAGUGUGGUCGACAUGCACUACAUGGUCUACUUUAAUUUCUUUGCCUGUGUGCUGCCGCCACUGCUCAUCAUGCUGGGCAUCUACCUAAAGAUCUUCACCGUGGCCAGGAAGCAGCUGAGACAGAUUGAGCUCAAGUGCGUGGGCAACGGGGACAGCCAUCACCACGGGCUGCUGCAGAAGGAGAUCCGGGCCGCCAAAUCCCUCUCCAUCAUCGUGGGACUGUUCGCCAUCUGCUGGCUGCCCGUCCACAUCCUCAACUGCCUCACGCUGUUUUACGAAAAGCUGAAAAAGCCAGACAUUGUCAUGUAUGUGGCCAUCAUUUUGUCUCAUGCCAACUCCGCGGUCAACCCCAUCAUCUAUGCUUACCGCAUCCAGGACUUCAGGAACACCUUCCGCAAGAUCCUGGCCCAAAACUUCCUAUGCCGCCGGGAGGAGCUGUACCUCAGCUCCAACGGCAGCAGACGCAACAAAGACCAGAUCCACAUGACCAUCGACCCUCUACUAUAGAGAGAGUCGUGACUGAGGGGGGAGUAUUAUCUGUGUCAGCUCUCUUGUUUCAGUCUUUUGUUUUCAAAAGGUUUAUAAUGUUUACAGAACAAGGGUAUGAUAUGUGAAGAUGAACCGAUGUCAAACGCGCCUUGAAUGUGGACAUUUAUUUAUGAAUCAGGGGUCAAGCAGUGAAAUGUUGAAUGGUGAGUCUUACAUAACUUUUGCAUUGUGAAGGAUUUCUGAUUUUCUUUUUUUUUUUUAAACAUGUUGAAGCUAACUGGAUUUGUAGGACUGUGAACAGGAUCCAAACUAUAUUGUAUAAUGCUAUUUAUCAUUCUGAAUCCACCCUGUUACAACUCCAAACACUUUUUUUGCCCUGCUAUUUUAUAUUGUCAACGUUGAGUGCCAGUGUUUAUACAUUUAUUUAUUACAAUACCUUAUCUUUGAGAAUGUAAAGAUCAAAAAAUGUUGUGUGGCUGGAUCUGUAAUUGUGGACCUAAAGAGGUACAAUGGUAGUAGUCUACAUCUGUGGUUACUUUUGCCUCGUGGCCCUUUAAAACCAAUUCAUACUUAUGACCAUCACAGGCUCAAAACACAGAAAGAAAUAUUGAUUUUCUUUAUCAAUACAAUUUCCUUUGUAUGGCAGAAAUGUUCUUUAGCUGUUGCUUAAACUAAGUGCCAGUGUUGUCCUGCUGCUGCGUGAGUGAUUCGUCCACAACAAAAUGUGUGUACAGGCAGAGGGACACAGUAGUCUACAGAGGGAUCAAAAAACAACAGGGACUCAUACAUAUUGGAAAAUCCCAACAACUAAAUAGAAAAAAAGGGGGAAAAGCAAACAAACAAGAAAAACAGAAAUGCCACAGGAGUCACAUAAUGAUCUUAUAAGUGGCCCCUAUGGCUAAGAGCCAGAGAAAAGUAUUUUGGCGUCUAUUUGAUGAACUGCAUGAUUUGAUUUGCUCGUGCACACCCAGACUUAAGUAGUUUAGAAAAACACACCUGCGCUAGUGCUCCAUAUAGUUUCCAUGUUAACAUUUCAUAAGACAAAAGCUCAGGAAGUGGGAAACUGAUUGUACCAUUUAUAUAAAUAUGGCAUCUGCACAGCUGCAUUGUUUUGAGCCAAGUAAUGACAUACCGAAGGUAGACAAGCCAAUGUCAAGUUUGAUAAUUCAAAUAAACGCCAUUGCAGUUAUAAUGUAUCAUCCAAGCUUCUGGUACACAUGUAUUUAGUGGCUUCCAUAAAAAAAAAACACCAUUGCUUCUAUUCAGUUGAUGUCAUUUGCCUUAGGAGUCCAGCUGACAACUCCUCCCCCCCUUCCCUCAGACCCAGUCUCAGCUGGCAUCCUGAGGCUCUCAUCUGCCCUGUUAGUGCAGUCAGUCCUCCACAUGCUACUGAGAAGAGCCGUUUCAUUUAAGAAAACAAUAUAAUUUAAAGGGUGAAACUGCCAAAAUAUGUUGCACUGAGGACUCAGUUUAAACAAUCUCCUAAUAAGCCAACACUCCCUACUCUUCCGUGCUAGCAAAGAUAGGCGACUGACAGAGGACUAAGUUCAGUUGAACCCAAAAAUAAGUGUCGAAGCAGGUAACACUAAUGAAAUUUUCUCCAAGAGGCCAACUCUUACUCCUUUGCACUCUACGGUUCAAGUAUGCAGCAUCACAGCUGCUUUCAACCUGAUGCUUUGCCUAUUUUGUGCAGGGGUUAGCAUUGUUGUGCAUGUUCCUGUGAGCUUAUAAAAGUGAAGACAGGGUCCAGAGCUGAUGAACCACAAGAAAAAAGGCCUCGGUGAGUUUAACCAGAGAAAAGCAGUUUGUGAAAGAAAUCUGGAAUUUGGUCACCUGAGCGGCAUCACUACGAAAAUGAAAACACAUUGCACUGACAUUUUCAAUUAUUUUCCAUUUGGUGUGCUUUAUUAGUCAGUCCCUCCAGAAAAACAUGAUUAUGCGAUCGCAUAAUUCAAUGCAUAAUC